AUGUUGCUUUUGUCGGUGUGGAGUGUGAUAUUACUACUGACCCCACUGGAGGCUGCAGAGGAGGAAGAUGUGCGAGCAGGCUGCAGCACAGCUGUGAAUGACCUGGUGUAUAUUGUUGAUGGCUCAUGGAGUGUCGGAACCUCUGACUUUGAAAGGGCCAAGCAGUGGCUUGUCAACAUCACCAGCCAAUUUGACAUCAGUUCGCACUACACACAGCUGGCUGUGAUCCAGUACAGUGACACACCUCGAUUGGAGAUCUCUCUGGGGACACACCAGGGCGGAGCAGAGCUCAUCGAGGCCAUACAGAGCAUCCCCUACCUGGGAGGAAACACACAGACUGGAAGGGCCAUUAAGUUUGCUGUGGACCACGUCUUCGCUGUAUCUCAGCGAGCCAGCCAAGUGAAGAACCGCAUUGCCGUGGUGGUCACUGAUGGAAAAUCUCAGGAUGAUGUGGUAGAUGCCAGUAUGGAGGCACGAGCUCAGGGCAUUACAGUAUUUGCAGUCGGGGUCGGCAGUGAGAUCACCACCUCAGAGCUGGUCUCCAUCGCCAAUAAACCAUCAUCCACCUACGUCCUGUAUGCAGAGGAUUACACCAACAUUGACCGUAUCCGAGACUCCAUGAAGCAGAGGCUAUGUGAAGAGUCUGUUUGUCCCACAAGAAUCCCAGUGGCCUCUCGUGAUGAGAAAGGCUUUGAGCUGCUGUUUGGCCUGAAUAUUCAGAAGAAGGCCAAGAAGAUCCCCGGCUCUCUGGUUUCUGAGAUAGCAUACGCCCUGACUGCAACCACAGACAUUACUGAGAAUACCAGAGAGAUUUUCCCAGAAGGCCUCCCUCCAUCCUAUGUGUUUGUGGCCACCCUGCGUCUACAGGGGUCUGCUUCAAAGCUGACCUUUGACCUUUGGAGGGUGCUGUCAAAGGAUAAGGAGAUGCAAGCGGCAGUGACGCUAAGUGGAAAGGAUAAAACUGUCACCUUCACCGCCACGAGGCUAAACGAAGUGGAGCAAAGUGUCAUCUUUAAAUCUGGAUUCCAGAAUCUGUAUGAUGGAAAAUGGCACCAGCUCAAACUUCUGGUGAGGCCAAGCCAGGUCACCGGUUUCCUUGACGAUGAGCUGAUCCAGGGAGUCAUGUUGGAGCCGAUGGAGCCCAUUUACAUCAAUGGGGAGACGCAGGUGGCUAAGAGGAGAGGAACAGACCUCACUGUGCCGGUGGAGAUUCAGAAGCUGCGUCUGUACUGUGAUCCUCACCAGAGUGAGAGAGAAACUGCUUGUGAGAUCUACUCUGUGGAUGAUGAAAGGUGUCCUUUGAACCGCACUGCCUCAGAGGAGGAGGACGACUGCAGUAACUGUGCAGUCGGACCCCCAGGGCAGCGCGGCCCACCAGGUCGCAUGGGUUUCAGAGGAGAGAAAGGAAGGGAAGGACCACCGGGACCUGAUGGUAAGCCUGGUAAGGACGGGAAUCCCGGGGCUCAUGGCCCUCCUGGAUUAACAGGGUUGAAGGGUGAAGGGGGGCCAGACGGACUGAGAGGGGAGCUUGGUCUAAAAGGGGACAAGGGAGACAGAGGGCAGCCAGGCUUACACGGAGAACCAGGGCUCCCUGGAUCCAAGGGUCUUCCUGGAGAGAGUGGUGAGGCAGGACCUCCGGGAGAGGCUGGGUCAAUGGGGGAGCCAGGACUACCAGGCACCGGUGGACUGGUCGGGCCAACAGGAACAAAGGGACAGACGGGGGUUCCUGGAUUGGCUGGUGCUGCUGGAGCUCAAGGUGCCCCGGGUGUUCAGGGGGCUUCCGGUGAAGUCGGCCCAGCUGGAGCUCCGGGAGAGACAGGGUUGCCUGGGCAGCAGGGACCUGCAGGAAUGAAGCCAUCGCUCGGAAUCCAGGGGCCCCCGGGGCCGCCCGGACUGAUCGGCCAAGAUGGUCCCAAGGGAAAGUGUGGAGAUCCAGGAGUCGCUGGUUCUUUCGGUCCUGCAGGCCAGAAGGGCUCGACGGGCGAGGCUGGUUUUCCAGGGCUUCCAGGUGGCAUGGGGCUGCCGGGGUUCAAAGGUCACAAGGGGGAGAGAGGAGAGUCUGGCUCUAAAGGAAACCAGGGGGAGAGAAGCAGAGAUGGAGAACCUGGGACUCCUGGUGUGCCUGGCGAAGUGGGACCCAGGGGAAGGAAAGGAGAGAAAGGUGUGACAGGUGACACGGGCCCGAGGGGUCCUGAAGCAAAGAAAGGUGACAUGGGCCACAUGGGUACUGUUGGUCCCAGGGGAUUUCCAGGCCAGGAUGGGAUGCCAGGCCAACCGGGCCAGCCAGGAUAUCCAGGGAAACCUGGCAAACCUCCCUCAGAUGAACAUCUCCUAAAGCUUCUCACUGAUGUUCUGCGAAAUCAACUCCCAGCACUGCUCCAGACUUUGGCCCCCCCAGCAAGGUGUGAACCCUGCCAGAACAUCAAGGGACCCCCGGGCGAGCCAGGAGCACCAGGUACCAAAGGCUCCAUGGGAACUCAAGGCUACCCUGGCAGGAGCGGCUCUCCAGGCUACCCAGGGCCAACUGGACUUCAGGGUCCUGCAGGCAUCAAAGGUGACGUGGGAUCCAGAGGACUCAAGGGGAGCAAAGGAGAAGGUUACCGUGGACCUGCAGGACCACCUGGACAUCCAGGAAUUCAGGGUCCCCGGGGAUUUGAUGGAAUUGGCCAUCCAGGCAAUCAGGGAAUUCCUGGGAAACAAGGACCUCAGGGAGACCCUGGUAAACGGGGAAGCUCAGGGCCUCCAGGAGUGUGUGAUAUUUCCAUGUGUUAUCAGAGCUACAACCUCAGGGAACAUUACAGCAAAGGACCCAACGUCUGA